CCCUUUGCAGCUGAGGCCGCCGCCGCCGCCAGGAUGGUGCCUAAGAGCUUUGGAUUCAUGAUGUUCCUUUGGGUUCAGACAGCUGCUAACAUAUCAGUCACUGGCAUAAUAGGAAGUACUGUUGAACUGAGAUGUGAUGAGUUAAAUGGCACGUUCAUCUUAAAGAACUUUCGAGUUACAUGGCGAAAAGAAGGGGAAAGAAACUGCUUUGUAGAUACCUAUGAUCCUGAUGAAGAUCUGACUUCAUACCGCAUGAAACACCAGUGUGCAGACUUCAGAGAGAGGACUCGGUUUAAGGAGGAACUGAAGCAGGGCAAAUUUACUCUGCAACUCUUAAGGAUCAGUCCUAAAGAUGAGUUCACGUAUACCUGUGUGGUACUGAAGAAAAAUAAAGAAGGAAUAUUUGAAGAAUAUAGAGAAGUAAAAACAAAUCUCAAAGUGGCAGCAAAUUACAGCACGCCAGUUCUAACUCACAUGCCAUCUGGAGAAGAAACGAUGUUUAGUUGCACUUCUAGCCAUGGGUACCCACAACCAAAAGUUUAUUGGAUAAAUCAUACUGACAUCAGCCUCUUGAACUCAACUCAACAGUAUACUAGAGCGCCUGACGGGACGUUCAGUGUUUUCAGUACGUUAACAGUUAAAGCAGCUACUGGUAUCAAGUUAGAGUGUACAAUUGAGAAUGAGCAGCUGCACCAAAAUCUAACUGCCACCAUUGACACGAGCAGUCCUGAAAAUAGCCCUUCGGUUGAUACCAGCCCAAGUAAGACAAAAGGUGCAGUUCUGGGUUCUGUUGCAGCUGUCUCCAUAGUCAUUCUACUUAUUUUGUACAUCGGGUGGAAGAAAAGGAGGACUUCUGUUCUAAUGACUUAUACUGCGCCUGCUGAAAUAGGAAACAGAGAUUUUGGACUGCCGGAGUAGUGUUGCCUGGAAACAUUCCCACAGAGACUGAUGGUUGUGUGUUUUCUGUCUGCAGCAGAGCAUGGACUGGAGCAGAACACAUAUGCACUGCCAGCAGCUUGCCAUGUUUAGCCUACUGGUGAAAGGCAGAAUGCUACCUGGCCCACGUCUGCUAGAUAAAGGCUAUGCUAUAAAGUUAGUCCACCAAAUGAAACCCAGAAGGGGCACACUUCUUGGGCACAGCUCACAACUGAUUCUGUGGGGGACUCAACAUACACCUUUGAAAUUUCCAAGGACUGCUUCAAUUGUUAAUGACAUUUUGGUACUGAACAAAUAAACGGAGGAGCGUUUUGUCAAUGGCUUAAUGGAGCUGCUUUGUUCUACAGCAGCACAUGCCACUGAAUGCCAGUUGCUGAGGAGCAAUAGGAGAGGAGGACUAGUACUUUUAUGCCUUGUUUUUCAGCUUCCUCAAAGCAAGUGAUUGGCCUCUGUUGGAAGUAGGCAGCCGAACUAGAUGGAUCUGAUCCAGCAAGGGUAGUCACCUUCUGAAGUGUGGUGGCACUUCUGAGCCCAGUCUUCCAGUGGUGGUAUAGAAUGGAAGAUUGACAUGGAAUCAGCCCCCCAACAUUAGACCCAGAGGUUUGGUUGUAUAGGACAGACACAUGAGGACAGCUGUCUUAUUUUACAAGAUGGGGGACAUGCCAUGGACACCACCUCCAGGUAGGUGGGCAGGUCUGUUAAUCAGUUGGGAAUAUGAUCCUCUACACCAGACAUUACUAGAGUUUAUCACUUUGGGCCCAAGUUAGGCCAGAGUUCUUAUCUCAGUUUAAUGGCUUCAUCACAAUCUGAACUUCAACAUGUGCGUCUUACAUGGGAACCAUAUUAACUGAAAGCUCUGCCACUGUUGAAGGCAAAACGAUCUUGGGCAAAAAAUGAAAAGACCUGGCUAAUUAUUGCUUUUCCUUGUUGGAUACUUCAGCCAAUUAACAGUCAGCUCAGUUGUGUAACAAUAGCAAAUGGAAUGUUUCAAACGCUGGGAUGUGAAUGCAUUACCAUUUGCCAGAGGUUCUUCAAGAGCAGCUUUAGUGGACAGACAUCUCAUUUCAGUACAGCUGCAAAAUCUAAACAGACCAAAGGCUGGACUUCAGACAUGCAACAUUGCAAAGAUAGGAACUUGUAAAUCCUAGUUGUAAGAUUUCAUCCAACAUUUUCUAUGCAUUUGCAGGGGAAGUGUGAUGUGCAUUUAUAGGUUGAACAUUGAAGGAGUACAGACAACUUCAGUGCAGGGGUCUGCUCUGUUCAUGCUUUUUCUCUUGAACAGUGUAUGCACCAGAAGGAAUGCAGGGCUCUGGAUUUGUGCAAGCGUUCAUAUGAUUUACUGAGUUGUUGGCUUCAUGUUGGGAAACAUACUUUACGUACUUUAUCAAUUCAAUCAUCAUAGACACCAGAAAAGCCGUAUAAAUUACAGCCUUGAUCAAACCAGAAGACUUGAAUUGUUUAUUAUAGAGCCAGUGGAAUUCUAUUGAUGGUCUUGUUACAACUCAGUCCUAAAUACUUGGGAAAGUAUUCAGUUAUUUCCUAAGCAAGCAUUCUUGAAAAACCUGCCUUAAAAGCACCAUUCUGCAUCUAUACUCUGCAAUUAUUGUAAGUAUGUACAUAUUGUACAAUAGAGGAGCUGAAAAUUCUUAUGAAGCUAAUACUUUACUUAGUUAAUCUCACGG